UCCAGCGUCGUGAUUCCAUGCCCCGUGUCUGCGUCUGAUUUCCUGCUGCCUCGCCGCGGCCGCCUCCUUCAUACCUCAGCAGGUCGGGCGCUUGAACAUGACUUGAGCGCCCUCAGCCGGCGUGGUACCGUGUGCAUCAUCGCUCAGUUUCUCUGCCUCGCGCUUGAGUCAGGCCAGGUGAAAGAGUUGAGGGGCUUGAGCUUUAUAUCAGCCAUCAGCCAUCAGCCUCCCGCCCACAUCCACGCUUUAUUCGGCGUCGCCGGUCAUCUUCAUCACCAUCCUCGCCAUGGCCAGCCCGCACGGUGGACCGAGCACCCUGGCGCCCGGGGAUGCAAGGGAGGCGAGCGUCAGUGCAGAUGCGAUGCUGGACUCGCCGUACUCGAGCGACGAAGAAGCACCUGCCCACGGCUUCCCCUCCUGUCGCUGGAAGACAGCCGAGUUUUACGACCAGGAAUGUCAGCGGUACUUUGACUGCCCCUCUCACACCGUUGAGAGGCGGCUUUCCAUCGAUGACACUGCCGGACCCAGCGCUCAAGUUGCGAGUGAGACUACUGCCGAGACGACAGAAGAGUCCCGACAGGAUAACGUCUCUCCUCGGACUUCGUCAGACGAUCCUCCAGCAUUACAUCACGACGCUACGACGGCCGAGCCGCAACAGAGUGACGAUACUCCCGCUUCCGAUCCUACCGUGCCGCUGUCGGGCAUAUCGUCUGGGCUCGCGGCCGAGAGGGAGGGAGGGAGCUCGACAAGUUCUGUGCCGGCGAACCCAGUGUCCUCUCCUUCUAGAUUCUCGUCUCUGCCGAUCCGCACCCGCGUACCUUCGAGAAGCAUCGACUUGCGAUCCAGCGACGAUUUUGGUGGCAACGGCUGGGGCGAGUCUUCCGAGCAGGGCGGUCGGGCAUAUACUGCUAGCGCUUCGGCUGGUGAUUUGUCAGAGAGCAGCUCGCCUAGAAUGUCUGCGCGAGAUCAGCUCUCCGCCGUCUAUGGCAACGAUACGAACCAGAGCGGCCUGCUCGAGACCUUGUUUGGACCGCCCGAGCGAGAGCGCGAACGUGAGCGAGACCGAGAUCGGGAUCUGGAGCGCACAGAGUCGGCGGUCGUUCUUCCUAGGUGGCAGCCAGAUGCCGAGGUCACAUACUGCCCCAUCUGCCGCACUCAGUUUAGUAUCUUUGUGCGCAAACAUCAUUGCAGAAAGUGCGGCAGAGUUGUUUGCAACUCUUGCUCUCCCCAUAGAAUCAUCAUUCCGCACCAGUUCAUUGUUCGAGCGCCAGGCACGGAGGUGCCACUGCCCCCGGCACUGCUCUACGACAGCACCGGCGGGGGCUAUGUUGAUGUGAAUGGGCUCUCGGGGGGUGAGCGGGUGCGCCUCUGCAACCCUUGCGUCCCGGAUCCCAACACUGCGCCCCCCCAAAGUCCAGAUUCUCCAGCUCUAUCUCCGCGUGCAUCGCGGCGCAGGUCUCGGGCCAGUAUGGGCGGCGGCUAUCCUACUUCACCUGCUACGAAUCGAUACGGAGGAGUCUUCUCAGCCGGUCAGAGCAAUGAUCCCCACCAAUUCUAUACCUCUAGGACGAGGAGCAUCACCAUGGACCCAUCCGCACAAAGAGCAGGUGGUGCUUCGUCGUCUUCUUCCUCUUCACGAAGGCGCAGCAGUGCCAACUACGAAGUGGCGUCCAUCAAUCGGCUAAUGGCGGCCGGACCAUCCCCCUUUUCCAUGCCGAACCAGCAUCACAUUCACCGACGUCGUUUCACAGGGGAGUCUGGCGGCUCAUCUUCCCGACAGCGCGCGUUGCCCCCUCCUCCCCAGAUUCCAGAAGAGGAUGAAUGCCCCAUCUGCCAUUUGGAGCUUCCAUCACGGGAGCUGCCCAAUUUCGAGGCUCUGCGGGAGUCGCACAUCACGGCCUGCAUCCAAUCGCACAGCACGUACGGUAGCCCUCGUGUAGCAGCAGAUGGCAAUACACCACCGCCCCCUCCUAGACGCACCGGCAUGUACACAUAUGCCGCCACGGAAAAAGACUGCAUUGACGACGCAGAGUGUACCAUUUGCUUGGAGGAGUUUACCGUUGGAAUUCCCAUGGCAAGACUUGAGUGCCUUUGCCGGUUCCACCGAUCCUGUAUUUCAGCCUGGUUUGUCAAUCAUCCGGGACGAUGCCCUGUGCAUCAACACGACGGUUUCGGGUAUUAGAUGGGAAGACGGGAGGAACGGCCAGCCGACGGCCUCUUUUUGUUCGAAUGCUCUUUUUUACAGAUCCGGUCCUUUGCAUAUUGGAGUAUUUGGCGAACUUGGAGUCACAUUUUGAAAGAUUUUCUACAGCCUACCUGCCCAGGCAUAUACCAGGUUUCCCUCCUUUGAUGAUAUCACUUAUUUCGUACAGCGUGUCGACUCUGGGGCCCGACGAGGC